AUGAAGGUGUUGAACAACGGGGCCUCCAACGACCCUAUAGUGGGCAGUUUGUCCUCGAGCCUGACCAGUUCCCAGAGCCCAGCCCCUCUAAGUCCCGCAGGAGCAGAGGAGGGAGGAUCUCGGAAUUUAGCCAUUGGAAUCGGGAUCCAGAAUUUCCCAGAGGGCCUGGCUGUCAGCCUCCCCUUGCGAGGGGCUGGCUUCUCCCCCUGGAGAGCCUUCUGGUACGGGCAGCUGAGCGGCAUGGUGGAGCCACUGGCCGGGGUCUUGGGCGCCUUUGCCGUGGUGCUGGCUGAGCCCCUCCUGCCCUACGCCCUAGCCUUUGCUGCGGGCGCCAUGGUCUAUGUGGUCAUGGACGACAUCAUCCCGGAGGCUCAGAUCAGUCUCCGUCACUGGGCUCAGUGGCAGCUUCUCAAGGUCACCACCUACAGGAGCAAGCUACCAAGAGAGAAGCUUCCUAAGCAUUUUUGCCUCGUGACUCAGAGCAGAAUGGCCAGGACAUCUCUCAUCUGUCCCUCCUGAUCGUUCACCAUUGAUCAUCUACCCAUGAGACCGGAACUGGAACGUCAUGAACAUAGCAACCCACUCUCCAAGGUCCAGCCAGCCCAAGAAAAUAUGCCUUCCUCUGCAUCCCCUGAAGGAGAUGCUGUAUGGGAGGGGACACAAAGGGAAGGAAAUCUGUUAGCCUUUUUCUUUCAUUUUUUAUUUUUUUAAGGCAAAAUUGACACUAUUGAUGUUAAGGGAAUUAGGGAAUUCAGACAACUGUGAACACAGAGUGUGAAUGCAGCUUUGAUUAGAAACCUCUGCAUUCUAUGGAUCCCAGAGCAAAGGGGUUUGUCAUGGUGUCCAAAUCCCCUAGACAUUUAUUUCGAUAAAUUUAUAGCCUUCAGUUUUCCAAGAGACUUGGGGACACCAGAGGAUGGUUGGAACUCAAAUCCUUUUGUAGUUAUGGAGGGAGCCACUUAAGCUAACCUAAGUGAGAGAAAGACAUUUGGGAAUCUGCAAUAGGUCCUUCCCUGUUGACCAUGUGACUUGUAACCUCACCUUGAACCCUUAGGCUAUCGCAAGCUUUGCUGGAGUUUGGCCGGAGAGCUUAGGAUGAAGAAGGAAGAAGGCGUAGGAAGAAAAAGAGAGAUUUUUUACAUUCCCCUUGUAGGGUAAAUCUUAGCCAAGUCAUCAUCUUGAAAUGACUCCAAAGGAUGACUUGAAGUAGACUAGAAGCCAAUCUGCUCUUUCCUACACAUAGUUUCUCCAGUAGGGGUGAUAUAAUUUGUCUGCUUCAAACAGAGCUAAGUAAGGCCUACUGUCCUCGUUGGUCAAAGAAGUAUGUGGGACCUUGAGUGGGCUCUGCCAUUAAGGCAGGCAGCCCAAGACCCAGGCGUUCAGGUGUUGUGUUUAUCAAUGCCUGCCCUCUGAGUUUACAUGUUGAAUUGCUUCCAGGGGUGAAUACCCUGCUCUGUAAAUGCUCUGACACCUCAAAAGCCAACCUUAUGCUGGGUCUAUGUAUGUUCUUCUGGAGCACUGAUGAUCAAAAUGGAAGACAUUCAGGGGCUUUGACUGGUUGAAGUUAAUGGGUUUGGUGGUUAGUGUAUGUGUAUUUUUAUGUCUUUGUAUGUAGUUCUACAUAAUGCAAACUUUCUGAUGGACAAGACCUCAUAACUGUGAUUAAUAUCAAUAAAGGGGAUAUUAUUGUGGA